AUGGCAGAGGCUUCUAAGAAGGUGGAGAAAGAGGUGAAAGGGGUGAAAGAUCUCGAUGACUGGCUUCCCAUCACCAAAUCCAGGAAUGCAAAGUGGUGGUACUCUGCUUUCCACAAUGUCACUGCCAUGGUUGGCGCUGGAGUCCUGGGUCUCCCGUAUGCCAUGUCUCAACUUGGAUGGGGUCCUGGUGUUGCAGUGUUGGUUUUGUCAUGGAUCAUCACUCUGUACACCUUGUGGCAAAUGGUGGAAAUGCAUGAAAUGGUGGCAGGGAAGAGGUUUGACAGGUACCAUGAGUUGGGUCAACAGGCUUUCGGAGAAAAGCUUGGACUGUGGAUAGUUGUGCCCCAACAGCUGAUGGUGGAAGUUGGCGUUAACAUAGUCUACAUGAUCACAGGUGGAAAGUCCCUGAAGAAGAUGCAUGAUCUUUUGUGCACCGGCUGCAAGUCUAUUAAAACCACCUACUUCAUCAUGAUGUUUGCAUCCGUUCAUUUUGUUCUCUCCCACCUUCCCAGUUUCAAUUCCAUCACCGGCGUCUCUUUGGCCGCCGCCGUCAUGUCCUUGAGUUACUCUACAAUUGCUUGGUCAGCUUCAGCUCACAAGGGAGUUCAACCAGAUGUGAACUAUGGUCCCAAGGCAUCAACCCCUACAGGAAAUAUGUUCAACUUCUUUUCAGCCUUGGGAGAUGUAGCUUUUGCCUAUGCUGGGCACAAUGUGGUCUUGGAGAUCCAAGCAACCAUACCUUCCACACCCGAAAUGCCCUCCAAGAAACCCAUGUGGAAAGGCGUAAUCGUCGCAUAUAUCGUCGUUGCCUUGUGCUAUUUCCCGGUUUCACUGGUUGGUUAUUGGGUGUUUGGAAAUGAUGUUGAGGAUAAUAUCCUCAUGUCACUUCAGAAGCCCGUCUGGCUUGUUGCAGUUGCUAACAUGUUCGUGGUUGUUCAUGUUAUUGGAUCUUACCAGAUUUUUGCCAUUCCAGUUUUUGAUUUGCUGGAAUCAUUUUUGGUAUUGAAGAUGAAUUUCAAGCCAACUAGGUUCCUUCGUUUCAUAAUACGCAAUGCAUAUGUUGCACUUACCAUGUUCCUCGCAAUUACUUUCCCUUUCUUUGGAGGGCUUCUCAGUUUCUUUGGAGGAUUUGCUUUUGCUCCCACAACAUACUUUCUCCCUUGCAUCAUGUGGUUAGCCAUCUGUAAACCUAAGAGGUUCAGCCUUUCCUGGUUAGCAAAUUGGUUUUGCAUUAUAGUUGGAGUCAUAUUGAUGAUCUUAGCCCCUAUUGGUGCACUGAGGCAGAUCAUUCUUCAAGCCAAAGAUUUCAAAUUUUAUUCUUGAUUGUCAUUGAGAAAGGAGGAGAUCGAAAGGAGGGGCUUCAAAUGCUUUGAUCUAAAAAAUUGUACUAUUCUUUUAAUUGUGACAUUGCCAUGGCUAUUGUUGGUUUUCUUUCUUCUCCCCCUCACCCACAAGUUGUUUAUCUAG